AUGGCCGAGCAGGUCGCUACAGUGGUGUCGGAGAAGGACCCGCCACUCAAGCUUCUUCGAAAACUUGGCGGCAAUGAAGCUUAUCAGCUGGCCAUGUACACCCUGGACCAAUACCGUGGCACCUCAGUGUCCUGUCGUUAUGCAAUACCAUCUCAUCUUGUUGGGUUAGAUGCGCGCUCGGAACUCAUGCAAACAGUGGAAGUCGCAAUCAUUGAUGUCGUUCUUAAACACGCCGUUUUGCAUGUCGGCAUUCACAAAGCCGAGUCUUCAAAACCUACAUGGGUUCAGCUGAAAAGCAUUGAUUUGCGUAAUCACAUUCAAUGGCGCUUUGUCGAUGAUCCAGCCAAGUUCGAAGAGACGUUGCGGGAGCUAACUGAAGUCCAACUUGACACUCCAUUUUCCGACCUGGAGGUGAGGCCAGGAUGGAGGAUUAUCAUUCUGCACCAAUCCGGCUCGGACAUUCUCGAAAUCCUUUUUAAUUGGAAUCAUCCACACUGCGAUGGAAUGAGCGGGAAAAUAUUCCAAAGGCAUCUGUUCCAGAGCCUCAACUCCCCGGAGGCAGCCACGACAGCUCAGGGGUUCGAGUCACGUGUCAUUCGACUCCCCGAGUCAACACCAAAGCUCGCACCGCCAAUUGAUCAUAUUAUACCACUACCCCUUGAGCUUAAAUGGACGCUGAACACUAUAUGGGAAGAGAACAAGCCCAAAUUGCUCUGCAGGAGUCCUUAUCAGGCGGACUGGGCUCCUAUUAUUACCUCACCUUACAAAACUCAGUUUCGUAUCUUUACUAUCGAUAAUACUAAACUUGACAAUUUGUUGCUGGCCUGCCGAGCGCACCAUACGACACUCACCGGCCUCUUCCACGGACUCACACUGGUCUCUAUUGUAUCACGCUUAGGCAAGGAGACGACUACUACUGCUUUUCGGGGGGUGACGACGGUCGACCUAAGACGAUUCUUGCCCCGUAACCCCUCCAAGUUCCCAUGGCUUGAUCCACAUGAGACCCUAGGAAACUAUGUAACACAACUGAAUCAUGAGUUUGAUCCCCAGUUUGUCUCUCAAACUCGCUCUGCGCUUCUCGAGAGAGAUGUGGCUGAUCAGGAUCUCUCCACUGAGAUUGCGGACCUCGUGUGGUCUGCAGCAGCCAAAGUACGGGGAGAAAUCGUAAAAAAAUUAGAAACAGGUGUCAAAAACGACAUCGUUGGUACCCUGAAGUUUGUUCCCGACUGGAAGGCUCAGAUGAAACAAGCAGCCAAACGCCCGCGACCGGCUUCUUGGAUGAUCACUGGUCUUGGUACAUUACCUGCGCGGGCUGACACCGCAGUCGAACCCAAUGUCUGGUCCCUCCGUAGGGCACAAUUUGCCUUAAGCGCGGAGACUACCGCCGCCGCCAUAAUGAUCUCGCCCAUGAGUGUGACAGGUGAAUGCCUCACAGUGGGAGGAAGUUGGCAGGAUUGCAUUUUCGAUGUGACUUUAGGGGAAGGCAUCAUGAGUGAUUUAGAGCGGUGGUUACACCAGCUAGGUAGUUAA